CGUCACCAAAGCAUUUAAAGAAAGUUUUACGGUGUAAUUCGUUUUUUAGGUGUGAAUUUUUUGUAUAAUCGCGAGAAAAGUUAAGGUCAUCGGAUGAAAAUCCGAAAUAUCCUAAUUGAGCUUACUGAAAGCUAAAGAUAAUGGAGACUAGAUCGAGAAAGUCCAAGUCUAGGUCGACGACGCCUUUUUCCGUCGAGCAGUUCAGCCAGGAGUUCCUCGACAAGGAGACCCUAGCCGAAAAUACCGUUCGAAUAACUCGAAGCACUACUAGUUAUAAGAUAAAAGAAUCCCAGUCUCGCGCCGUUGACGAAGUCACGUCUACCAUCAAAACCGCCGCAUCGUCGGGCUCCUACGAGUACCAAGGAAACAUCCACAAAACCUCCGACUAUUCCUCGGAGGAUGGCGAAAACGAGGUCUCCUCCACCAGGGCCCUAUCCAACAACGAGAGGAACCAAAUGAUCGAAGACGCCCGGGCGGCUGCCAACGGGGGCGGCAAAGUCUCCGCCUUCGAGCUCUACAAGAAAGCCGGGAGAUAUUGGGAGGUGUACCCGAAAACCGACUACACGUACUCCCCGAUAUCGAAGGAUCGAGUGGAACUGGCGCCCGGCGUGGUGGCCAUGCCGAACAUGUCCCGAAGGACCAUCCACAGCGUGCACCGCCCGUCGGGCACCUCCACGCCCAUCGAGUUCCUGCACAAGGAGACCAACACGGAUUCGUACAGGCCCAGGCAGCUGUUCGGCUACAGGAACGAGGCCUCGGGCGUGUCUACGAGCGGGUGGAGGAGCGUCCGGAGCACGGUGGUGGCUACGUUUACGAGGAUCGUGGUGUUGGUGUCGGCUGUGUGGUGGUUUGUUGUGCGACCGUACAACGCGGUGAUGGGGAUGUUGUACAAGUUUGCUGGUAACGUGAUGUUGUUCGAUACGUGGCUGUUGGCGAGGAACAGGCCGGUGAAUAAAGUACCGAUGUUGGUGGGGUUUUCGGUGGUUUCGCUGUUGGCUGUGGGAGGUGCUUGCCUCUUGUGCAGUUUACUCGAUUCCUCCGAAAACCAAUCGAUUCCUGUAGAUAAACAAAUCCCGAAGGAACCUUUUGCAUAUCAAGCCGGAAACGACAUCAUAACGAACCAACAGAAAACCAUCGAAUAUUUAAAGGACGAAAUAACGAAUUUGCGCGACGAAAUAACCAAAGCCCAGCAACAAUGGCAAGGCGAUUUCAACCGAAUCCAAUCGACCAUAAACUCACCUUUUAUCUACCGCGUAAACCGUUGCUGCAAAAACCCUUUAAUCGACACCGAACACUACGUGAACAAACUAACAUCCAAACUCCUCAACGACCCCGCCUUUCUGCACAACCAGCCAGGCCUCACCAGCUACUUACGCGCCAUCUUCGUCGCCCGAGACGAACUAGAAGCGAGAUUGAGCAACAUCACCACGAAAUACACCGAUCUACUGCACCACAACACCGCCAAUUUAAUGGAAGAGAUAACGAACCGAAUGAAACCCCAUCAAAUCGACUACUCGGAGGUGCCCGACGACCGUAUUAAAUCCAUAGUAAAGCGAGCUUUGAGCCUCUACGACGCCGACAAAACCGGCCUAGUCGACUACGCAGUCGAAUCGAUGGGGGGCGAAAUCCUGAGCACCCGGUGCACCGAACACUUCAACUACGGCAAGGCGGUGGUGUCCGUGCUGGGCAUACCCCUCUGGUACCCCGUCAACUCCCCCAGGACGCUCAUCACGCCCGGCGUGGGGCCCGGCCAGUGCUGGGCCUUCCAGAACUUCCCCGGCUUCGCCAUGAUCAGGCUGUCGAAGCGCAUCCGAGUGGAGGCCUUCUCCGUGGAGCACAUCAGCCGAUUGCUGGUGCCCGACGGGAACGUCGAUUCGGCGCCCAAGGAGUUCGAGGUGUUCGGGCUGCGGGACGAGUACGACGGUGAGCCCGAGUUGUUGGGCAGGUACGAGUACGAUGCUGAAGGGGAGCCGGUGCAGUUCUUCGAUGCCGAUGAGCCUCAUAAGGUGUACGAGAUCGUCGAGUUGAGGAUCGUUUCGAAUCACGGGAAUCCGAAUUAUACGUGUUUGUAUAGGUUUAGGGUGCACGGGAAGAGCGUUUAGAUUUUUUUAGUGGGGAAUUUGGGGUUUUUGUUGUGAAUUUGAAGGGUUUAUAUCUGUGAUAGUACUUCGAAAUAAGCCGAUUUCAUCGCGCAAUGUUUUGUAUCACGCCGUGGCCUUAAACUUAUUCCUCGGUUGUAGGAUUAUUUUUAUCCAUACGCACGAUUUUCAGACUAAAGGUAUGAAAAGAUUUGCACGUAUACGAGGGUAAAGGUGAACAAUUCUUGGACGAGGAGUUUUCAUUUUACCCUCGUAUUAGUAUAAAUAGCCAAUAUUACUUGUUUUUAUAUACUUCCCGCUUCAGUUUCAAUUUGCAUGAUUUUUGUCAACUCGUUGUUUCAUUGGGAAUCUGUAAAUACUAAAUAAAUUCCUAUAAUAAUUUAUUUGUACGUUUUCGCGUGAUGUUUGCACUUGAUAAGUUUAACAUUGUAGAUUUAAAAUCUCAUUUAUUUAGUUUACUAAUACCUCAAUGAUGUUCCCAUCUACCAAAGCCAUUUUAAUGUUUAGUAUUUAUUUUUUUUAUGUUAAGAAAUUGGAUUGUAUAUGUUAUGUUUAAUGCAGAUAAGGUAUAAUUGUUUAAAUUUCGGGUAGUUUUUAAAAAGCUCUUUUUUUUAAUCAAUUUGAAUUGACAUUUCUCGCCUGUUGUAUAUAAAAAGUAUGAUAUAUUUUGUAAAAUACAUUUUUUUUUACUUUUUAGGUUCUACUUAAGUAGAAUACCCCAGAGCAAGUAUACAAAAAAUAUUUUUAAAAAUUUUCUAUUUAUGGCAUUACAGAUUUUUUUUUGGGUGUAAUUAUUAUUUUAUGUUUCUUGGGUAGCUCAUGGAAUGAAAUUUGUUAUAAUUUUUCGUAUUUGAAAUGCACUGAUUUAAUUUUUUGGUGUUUUUUUUUUUAAUUUUCAUCAACACCAGGGACAAGCUACAAAAUAAAUUGAGCGGUACAAAGUAGUUAUAUUUUUGUUAUUCGAUAACUAAUUUUUGUAUGUUGUUUUUAUAAUAAACAUUUAAAUAAAAAUAAAUAUGUAUUUUACACUUAUCCCAUAAAAUAUAUAAAAUUCCCAUAAUCAACAUUAUGUAAUAAAUAGUAAGAAGAAUUUAUGAUCAUACCUCGUAGGUUUUCAACAAUAUCCUCAGUAAUUCCUUUUGUUCUUUCGAUAGAAUGCUCCACAAUUCCGUCUCUAAUUCCACUAAACUACUCGUAUCCAAUGACUGGCAAGUCAUAACUAGCGAAUUUAGUAGAUUAAAUACGUUUUCAGUCAUUUUGCAUACUGCAAAGAUAAAGUUAAUUUCGCGAAACGUUAUUAAAACAAUUUCUUACUUUGUAAACUGACAUCAUUCACGUCUCCCCAGGUAUAUUUUUCCAAAAUUUUCGCUAAACGGGCUGGCAACUUUUGAGGAUUAGGCCUCAAUAUUAACAACAACAAAACGCUAUUCACUUCGCAUUUUAAAAGUAUUUCACACCUAGCACCGUUUAACGUGGAAUUUUCUAUAAUUUUCGUUAUUUCGUAAUAAGUUUCCAAAGCUGCCAAAAAGUCCCCUAAAAUAGCAACGCAAAUCGUACCAACAGUUCGUAAAUCUAAAAAGAAACUCACCAGAUUUUAUGAAUAGUGAAGCAAACAGCUCUAAGCAGUAAAUCCUCGAAUCGCAUCUGUCUUUACACAACUCCACGGCAUCUUCCAGAUAACUUUCGACAUACUCCACUUUAUUAAUCCUUCUCAGGAAAUCGAUUAUCUCCAGAUCUAAGCAGAUCUGCAUCGAACACCCGUCCCCGAAUUUAUUCUUACUGGCUGCAUACGCGCAGCAACUGAGUCCGGCCUGGAACGAGCAACUCAUCAAGCAACCCGAAAAUUACUUACGAUUAGACUUACUUGAAGAUAUUCCCCGUAAACUGAUUUACAAUUAACUCUUGCGUCCGUUUCCUCAGCUUUGAGCAGCUGCCUAGCUGAUUGCACUAAACACGAAGUCUCUCCGAUGUUGUUCGACGAGGAGUCUUCGCAACUCGCUGCUGCCCUCCAACACAAGCCGGCGUAAACGGGCAAAUCUAACGAUUCGCAAUGCUUGGCUAAUUCGAUGAAGGAUUCGCAGGCCUCCGCUAAGU